GUCAGGCUGCCGUUGUGGCGCCCCCGCUUUUCUCGCGAUCCCUCGUAUCAACCUUCCUAUGCCAGAACAGAUCAGACCAUGCCCUGCAUAUAGUAGGAUUAUUGUCUUAACAUUGCUCAAAAGAUACGUACUAAUACCAAUUCCAGAGCUAAUUGAUGCCCGUGGAUCAGGCGAGCCACAGGGCGUGUCACUGAUGUUUCAGAAUGUCAUCUCCAAUCUUCUUGUCAACAGCACCGAUACGGCCUAUCAGGCUGUGGUGUACCCAGCUGAUUUCGACCAGAACGUAGCCUCGGGCGUUCAGAAUCUCCUUGAAAUCAUCGAGUAUGGUCUGCAAGACUGUCCGAGCCAAAAGUAUUUCUUGUUUGGAUAUUCGCAGGGUGCCACUGUAUUGCAGCAAGCACUCGCUCAAUUGAACAACAAGACCUUGGAUAGUGUUCAGAGUGUUGUCAUGGUCGGAUAUCCGUAUCGAUUGUCUGGCAGAGUGGCGAACGUCGAUAGCCAGGGCCGAGCCGACAACCGGACUGCGUAUGGACUCUUCGCUGUUCAGGCUAUGAAAAGCAACGGCACUAUGAUUUCUUACAACGACGAUUUAGGAAUGACUGGCAAGGUCCAAGACAUUUGUCUCGAAAAUGAUAUUGUAUGCGCAUUUGAUCCUGAGUGCAAGUGCCAGCUUGCAAGCGAUCACCUCUCGUAUGGUCUAUCGAAAUCUGUUCAGGAUCAGAUCUUUGAACAUGUUAUUUCUCGGUUCUAGCACAGCAUAGGAAGCGUAAUGCGUGGUAUCAGAGGUAGCAUCACAGAUCUGCGUGUUGUGUUUUCUUCGCUCGUUCCUUUGCAGAUCUCCUGUUCGAACAGAUUUGCUGUAAUCUACACAUUCUACCUCAAGUAAUCGUAGUCUCCAAUUGUUCUCUCA